CACAAGCAUCAAAAUGAUCAAAUAUCGACAGCCAAAAAAUAUCAUAAAACGUGGUUGUGGCUAGUAACUGUUCCGUCUCCAUUUUUGUUGAAACCCAGAAGCACACAAGUAGCCGUUGCAAAAUUAGAAAAGAAAGCUGUUGUCGAUAUAAAUUGAGAAACAUGUUGGGUUGUUGUAGGGUGUUGCCCGCCUUUCCAAAUCAUUCAUUUAGACGCGGGUUUUGCUGUAGAGCAGAGGAUCAACAACCUGUUUACACUGAACGUCAGAACAAGAAGAAAGUUGUCGUCGUCGGUUCUGGCUGGGCUGGCCUUGGCGCUGCCAACCACCUCUGCAAACAGGGCUUUGAUGUCACAGUUCUUGAGGGUGGUUAUGAAUUUGGAUAUAAAAAUAAGUCCCUCAGUCCUGAUGAUUAUGGUAUUCGAGGUUUCUGGUAUCCUUAUAGAAAUAUAUUUAACCUUGUUGAUGAGAUUGAUGUUAAGCCAUUUACAAGCUGGACAAAGUCUGCACAAUAUUCUGAGGAGGGGUUGGAGGUUGAAUAUCCCAUAUACAAAGAUGCACUACAAUUGCCAACUCCAUUUGGAACCUUAUUUAACACUCAGUUCGUUCGAUUACCAUUGAUUGAUCAGUUGACAUCACUCCCUGUGAUGGCUGCAGUAAUUGACUUUGACAACACUGAUGCUGCCUGGAGAAAAUAUGAUGCCAUUACUGCUAGAGAGCUAUUGAAACGAUUUGGCUGCUCGGAAAGGCUAUAUCGAGAUGUUUUUGACCCCUUACUUCAAGUGGGUUUGUUUGCCCCAGCAGAGCAGUGUAGUGCUGCUGCAACUAUAGGAAUGCUAUACUAUUUCGUUCUUGCUAAUCAGAAACACUUUGAUUUGGUAUUGUGUCGUGGAACAAUAAGAGAACAAAUAUUUCAGCCUUGGAUAGAAUCCCUGAAAACCCAAGGUUGUAGGUUUCUGGAGGGUAGAAAAGUUACAGAUGUAACACUCGAUGAGGAAACAGGUUGCAUAACUGAAGUAGUUUGUGGGAAAGAGAGUUUUAAGGUUGAUGCCGUAAUAUUGGCUGUUGGAAUCUCUACCCUACAGGAAAUCGUACAGAACAGUGCAGUAUUAUGUACCAGAGAAGAGUUUCUGAAAAUUAUGAACUUGAACAGCAUUGAUUUACUUACUGUUAAGGUGGAACUUGAUAGGAAGGUUAACCUUUCAAACGCGAGCAAUGUUUCCUGUGGAUUUGAGGGUUCUUGUGCAUGGACCUUUUUCGACUUGAGCAUGAUUUAUGACAAGGAGAAAUCUUAUGUAACUGGGCUCGAGGCCGCCAACAGAAUCAUCGACUAUCUCAAGGAAGGAACUUUUGCUAAAAUAUUGCCUGUUCAAGAAGAUGAGCCUCAUAUUCAAUCGCUGCGCAUUCUAAAUAGAAACCUGAAUGAUAUUAUAGAGCAGCUACCAUGGUCUAACUACUUCCUGCGUAAUUCAAAAUAUCUGCCAACUAUACUCGAAAUCGAAGAUCAGGUCGCAGUUUCUGCUCUCUCUACCGGUCAGCAAUUGAAAAGAAAGGGAAACUGUACUGAUCAUGCUGUGUUCAACUAA